AUGCGUACGCGCCUUGCGCUUGGCAAGAGGCCGCGCGCUGAAUCUGAAAGCUCGACGCGGGGAGCCGCGUUCUUCAGUACCCUUCCGACCAGCGAUGCUGUGCUGUCUCCGGAUAUAGUUCCACUAGAGUUUGUCUUGCAUCUACCGAUCGGGUGCGCGAGUGUGAGUGCAAAUGAUAUAGAGCCCGGUGUAGCUGGAACAGAACAAAAUGUGGACCAAGAGAUUAAAGUUAUGGAGGUUUAUGUUGUGCAUGUUGUUUGCCGUGUCUCUGCUCCCGCCGACGACGACAUUCCUUCAGAAUCACAAUGCCGUCCAUACAUUGAAAAAGCACUUAAAGAACUCGAAUCAGGGGAUACAGAACCAGAUUCUAAAGAAAUACUCGAAUCUAGUGAAGUAAGUAUAGACGACGAAACAAAAGAAACAUCAGCAGAAAUAGGCGAAACAGCGGAAGAUUCAGACGGCAGUAAAGAGAAUACUGAGAGUGAAGAAACAGGAGAUGUUCCUUCCGUGGAAGUAGCAGAUGAACCUUAUGUCUCUCAAGCCUCUUACGACGACACUGAAAGUCCUGUAAGUGAAGAAUCUGUGGAGGACAAAGCUGACAACGAAAGUGCUGAAAACGUCGAUCAACAAGCAGAUGAGAGUCAAGAGGACGGCGGAGACAGCAAAGAAGAAGCAUCUGCUGAUGACAAAGAAAUCGAAAAAGAAAGUGGCGAAGUAAUCGAUGACGAAGAAAGUAAAGAAGAUUCCAAAGACAGCAAAGAAGAUUCUGAAGACACCAAUGAAGAAAAGGAAGAUGAUAGUGGGGAAAAAGACGUUAAAGAAGAAUCAAGUGAAGUUGGUGUUGAAAGCGCUGAUGACAACCAAGACUCAGCUGAGCAGGCAGAAGACCAGAGCACAGAACAAGCUGAGUCAGAAGAAAAGGCAGAGGAAUCUUCUGAUGCUUCUGAAGAAGGUGAUGCUGAAGCUGAAAGUGAUGAAGACAAAAAAACAAGUGAAGACGACGAUGGAUCUCAAGAAAAGGCUGAGUCUGAAGAAAUAGAGGGAGAAAAGAUAGACGACUCCCAAGAAGAAGAAAAACAGGACGAGGAAUCUAAAGAAGAUACGGAAGAGGAUGCUAAGUCCGAUGAAGAAAAAGAGAAAGCAGUGGAAGAAGAUGAAUCUGCAGAAGCAGAAAAAUCUGCGGAAGAAGUUCAAUCUGCGGAAAAAGAAGAAUCUGUUGAAAAGACUGAAUCUUCGGAAGACGUUGCUGAGGAAGAGAAACAAUCUGUAGAAGAACUUGCUGGCGAAUCUGAGGCUGAAAAAGAUAGCGGUGAAGAAUCCGAGGUCACUGGAGAAGGAGAAAGCGAGGAAGAAGGUGCUCCGGAAGAGGACCUGCUCUUAGAAGGAGAAAUUCCAGAGAACUUACGCUCCCGCGACCAUAUCAUUCAAAUCCUAAGAUUAGAUGAAGAAGCCAGCGAGUCUGAGAUGAUUAUUGAGAAAUCUGCCGACAUUGUCCUCAGAGAUCUGAAAAGGCUUUACGAGAACUCGAUCAAGCCACUUGAAGCGUUGUACAAAUACAGAGAUUUGAGUAACAGACAUUUCGGCGAUCCAGAAAUAUUCUCAAAACCAUUGGUCCUCUUCAUGGGACCGUGGAGCGGCGGAAAGUCUUCCAUAUUGAAUUAUCUGACAGGAAUAGAGUUCACUGAAUGGUCUCUACGUACAGGUGCCGAGCCAUCCCCAGCGUACUUCAAUAUAUUAAUGCACGGACAAAAUCCAGAAGUACUGGAUGGAACUCAACUAGCAGCUGACUGGACAUUCUCCGGUUUACAGAAGUUUGGACAGGGCUUGGAAGAACGACUCAGAGGUCUGAGGUACCCCAGUAAACUACUGGAAAAGGUAAACAUCGUUGAAAUACCCGGCAUCCUAGAAGUAAGGAAGCAGGUAUCGCGAGUGUUUCCCUUCAACGACGCGUGUCAAUGGUUCAUUGACCGCGCAGACAUCAUAUUCCUCGUGUACGAUCCUUCCAAGCUGGACGUCGGACCGGAAACAGAAGCCAUCCUGGACCAGCUUAAAGGCAGAGAAUCACAGACGCGUAUCGUCCUGAACAAAGCGGACACCGUGAAGCCGGAGGAGCUGAUGCGUGUACAGAGCGCGUUGAUCUGGAACAUCUCGCCGCUGAUGAGCUCCGCGCAGCCCCCGGUCAUGUACACGGUGUCGCUGUGGUCUUUACCGCUGGAGGCCGGAGCGCCCGCCCGGUUACUGCAGGCGCAGGAGAGGGAACUACUGCGAGACUUAAGACAAGCCAUUGACAAGAGGAUAGAGAACAAGAUAGCCAGUUGUAGGAGAUUCGCGGUUCGCGUGAGGAACCACGCUAAGAUGGUUGACUGUUACUUGACCACGUACUACAACCACAAGACAAUAUUUGGAAACAAGAAGGUCAUCUCCGACGCGAUUAUUGACAACCCACAGAACUACCACAUCUACGAGGGACUCAGUACACUUACCAAUAUAUCAAGGUACGACCUCCCCGAUCCUGAAACCUACCGGGACUUCUUCCGUCUGAACCCGUUGUACGAGUUCCAACAGCUCUCCUCCACGUGCACUUAUUUCCGCGGUUGUCCCAUCAAUCGCCUGGACGUGGCCAUCGCCUACGACCUGCCCGAGCUGGUCGGCAAAUACAAGAAGAUGGUAGAAACUGCCACCCCCCAGGGAAUGCCCAAAAGUUGA